UUUAAUUCCAAAUGGGGAAAGCUAAGAAGAGGUCUAGCAAAAGCGAUAGCAAAAAAGAAACCAAAGAACCUCAACAGGAUACUGCAAAGGGUGAGAACUUUGAUAACAUCACUUUCAUAAAUAGACCAGUCACUUGCAUAGCUACAUUGAUUAAGAUCAUUUUUGAACUGAUUACCUCAGCACCAGGAUUUGUACUAAGACAUUACAUCAUCUUCACCCUGUUCCCUGCACUUGUCGCAGGCUUCUACUAUAUUGAUGGCCCACAUGAUGAAUACAGACAGAUUGUUACUGAGUUCUCCUUGUUUGCAGGAUGGUGGAUCGGACUUGGAAUUUUAUCAAGUGUGGGACUCGGAACUGGAUUACACACAUUUGUCUUAUACCUUGGACCAUAUAUGGCACAAGUAACAAUGGCUGCAAAUAACUGUAAUAAAUUCCCGGUAUUCAUUCCAAACAGAUGGACUUAUGAGAAAUUUGGAGAAUGUGAAAAAUGGGAGGGGGAACCAACCAUUGGUAUUUUAGAUAUUUACUACGCACUUGCUCUGGAAGCUUUCCUUUGGGGAUUUGGAACCGCUAUUGGAGAACUUCCUCCGUACUUCGUAGCAAGGGCAGCAAGUUUAGCAGGAGAGACCCAUGAAGAGCUUGAGAACCAAGAAGGAAUGUUCAAGAAAGUUAAGGACUUCAUAGAGCCAAUCCUUAAAAAGCACGCAUUUAUCGUUGUAGUUUUAUGCGCAUCGAUUCCAAAUCCAUUCUUUGAUUUAGCUGGUUUAACAUGUGGUCACUUUGGUAUCCCAUUCUUUACUUUCUUUGGAGCCACAGUUAUUGGUAAGGCGCUGGUUAAGGUGUCGAUCCAAUCAUUUUUCGUGAUCAUCAUGUUCAGUCGCCAUAUAAUCGAGAAAGUCUUUAUAGUGGUAGCUUCAGUCUAUGCCCCAUUAGAACCAAUCCUGAGGAAGGAACUUGAAAAGCAACAGAAUAAGCUAUACGAAGGCAAAAGCUCGAAUGAAGAGCCAUCUCUAGUCGGCCAAAUUUGGGGAUGGCUGGUCGCCUUGAUGAUUGGAUACUUCGUUUACGCCUUCCUCACAGCUAUUGUCCAGGACAGACUCAGAACUGAUGCUAAGAAGAAGGCCUAA